UGCUGCCGUUUGCCAAGGGGAUCAGUAGCCGGUGAGCUCAUAGGGCAUUUGCCGUUAAGCUAUAUAAACGUCAUGUUGGUGGAAGACUGGAUAGAACAAGCACAACAGCUGUCUCGCAGCCAUGAAGCUCCUCGCAGGGUUGUCGUUGCUCUCACUGAUCCCUUCGUCUCUCUCUCUCCCCCCUGUCCAGCACUAUGCCCGCAGCCAGGCCCAGGAUCCUCUCCUGAUCCAACUGAAGCCCCAGCAGACAACCACCCGAGACCUCGUCUCCCUCGACGGUAUCUGGAAGUUUGCCCUAGGAAAGGACAACUCAACUGCAACCCCCUGGACAGGCCCCUUGCCAAAGGGCCUCGAAUGCCCCGUCCCAGCCUCGUACAACGACAUCUUCACGGACAAGUCCAUCCACGACCACGUCGGCUGGGUCUACUACCAGCGCGAUGUAAUCAUCCCCCGGGGCUGGUCUGACCAGCAGUAUCUCAUCCGUCUUGAAUCCGCAACGCACCACGGCCGCGUGUACAUCAACGACAAGCUCGUCGCCGAGCACCAGGGCGGAUACACCCCGUUCGAAGCAGACAUCACAAGCCUCGUCCCUGCUGGAGAGAAAUUCCGUCUGACAAUCGGCGUCAACAACGAACUAACCCACGAGACUAUCCCACCAGGCAGCAUUGAAGUCUCCGAAUGGACCGGAAAGCGCGUGCAGACGUACCAACACGACUUCUUCAACUAUGCCGGUCUCGCGCGCUCUGUCUGGCUCUACUCCGUGCCCAAGCAGCACAUCCAAGACGUCACCGUCGUCCCAGACGUCAACGGCGACACUGGUCUGCUCAACUACACCAUCAAGUCCUCCAACAGCACCAACGGCAAAAUCUCCAUCACCAUCACCGACGAAGAAGGCAACAAAGUCGCCUCAGCCUCCGGCGCACAGGGAAUCGCUGAAAUCCCCUCUGUGAACCUCUGGCAACCCGGCGCAGCCUAUCUCUACCAAUUCACCGUAAGCCUCACCUCGGCCUCCAACAAGGUGCUCGACACAUACACACUCCCCGUCGGCGUGCGCACCGUCAAAGUAUCCAACAAACAAUUCCUCAUCAACGACAAACCCUUCUACUUCACAGGCUUCGGCAAGCACGAGGACAGCGCUGUCCGCGGCAAGGGCCACGACCAGGCAUACCUAGUCCACGACUUCCAACUCCUCAACUGGAUCGGCGCCAACUCGUUCCGAACAAGCCACUACCCCUACGCGGAAGAGGUUAUGGAAUUCGCUGACCGCCAGGGAAUCGUCAUCAUCGACGAGACUGCGGCUGUGGGACUGAACCUGCAGCUCAUGGCGGGCGAAGAAGGCGGCACGGCGACAACGUUCAGCCCGGAGGGAAUCAAUAAUAACACGCAAAGAGCACACGCCCAGGCAAUCCGUGAGCUCAUCGCGCGCGACAAGAACCACCCCAGCGUUGUGAUGUGGAGCAUCAUGAAUGAGCCGGCGAGUUUUGAAGAGGGUUCGCGCGACUACUUCGAGCCGUUGACGAAGCUUGCACGUAGCCUGGAUCCAGCCGGGCGACCGAUUACAUUUGCCAAUGUCGGUGAUGCUACAUACAAACUGGACAAGAUCUCAGAUCUUUUCGAUGUGUUGUGCCUGAACCGGUAUUUCGGAUGGUACUACAACACUGGGGACCUCGAGGAGGCCGAACUCGCACUCCAAGAAGAAGUCGACGGGUGGACGGAGAAGUACCCUGAAAAGCCGAUUAUAUUUUCAGAGUACGGCGCUGAUACGCUCCCCGGCCUGCACUCCGUGUUUGGAUUGAUGUGGAGCGAGGAGUUCCAGGUAGACAUUCUGGAUAUGUUCCAACGGGUGUUUGACCGCGUGGAGGCCGUUGUGGGCGAGCAUGUAUGGAACUUCGCGGAUUUCCAGACCAAUGUCGGUAUUACCCGCGUUGAUGGGAAUAAGAAGGGUGUAUUUACGAGGGAGAGACGGCCCAAGGCUGCGGCGCAUUCGUUGAGGGCCAGAUGGACGAAUAUGACUGCUGUUUAGCAUAUAUAGUUUGGCAAUAUAUCCCUC